AUGGUCAACUCUAUCGCUCCAUUCCCAAGCAAGACCUGGGCAAUGUCUCCUUCGAAGUUCUCUGCAAUGGAUCUAUACAGUGAUACGAUCAAGCAAAGCAAGUAUCAUACCGAUUACUCCGCCGUACAUGCACUAUGGAACCAACCGACUGACUACAGACGCAAAAUGCCGGAACCCAUUCUUAAGAGUCCCGUCAACAACGCGAUGCCUCCCUACGCUGCUACCUAUGGGAAGCUCUUCUCUUAUUCUCCGAAUAAACAGGAAAAGCUCUAUGUUCCUAUUGUUCCGGUUAAUAAUCAAACCCGCAACAGCGCCGCAGAGGAAUUAAAACAGCCAAAGGCUACUCCGAUCCCGAUUGGAAUGAAAUCUGAGCAUCAGUCUCGAACUGCUGUAGCCGGCAAAGAGUGUGCUUACUGCAAAAGCGUCGGAAAACCCGCAGCUGGGCAUGCUAAGACCGCUUGUCCCGUGUUAUCCAGCAUGAAGCCUUGCUCGCUCUGUGGUGCCGAUGGAUUCGACAAUCACACCGAGACGUACUGCCCUUCAAGGAAGAAGAUUACGCUGGAGUUGAACCAAGAUUACUUGCUUAGACUGCAACGCAGACAGAUGCAGAGAGAGGCCAUCAGGGCCUGCAUGUUUUUCAAUGCUAACAACAAUUCGCCUUGAAUUUGGUUGUAAAUUGUAUGUUGCAAAUUGUACAUUUUCGCUUGUUUUUUUUCUGGUAAUGCUUUCAACAAGUUUUAAACUCUCGAAUAACGUUCACAUAAUUUAUGCAUUGUUAGUAAGUCUUAU